AUGAAGUGCAAGAUCGCUUUUGCGCAAGCGCAAAAAUCUGGUUGGGAAUACAAAAAAAUGCGCCUCGCCGAAGAGGCCGAAUUGAAAAAAAAUAAAAAUAUAAAUGCUUUUCUUCCUAAAACAUGUUCCCAAUCUACAGAUCUGCAACCUGACUUACCAAUAAAUAUAGAGGAUCCUCAAAUUUCUAAUGUGAAUAACUCAGAGCCAGUAGCGAAACGUAUUAAGUUAGGUGCAUCGAUUAACGAAAGCGCAAACUACGUACCAGGAGAUCCAGGACCUAUUAACGAUGAUAUAUUUUCUGAUCCUCCGAAGUGGCCAUUCAUCAGUGAUCACAAGAUUCGGCAAUUAAUUGUUGAAAAAGGUCCUGUACAAAUCGAAGAUUUUGAUUUUCCCGUUGAGAACGGUAGACGUUUCUCACCUACUUUUCAUACUCGGCGACUCAAUAGUUGCGAAACAUGGCCCACGAAUGGUUCCUCUGAUGGGAAACACAUAUCGCGGGAUCUUGCGUCCCACGAAAAAUCCGUGAAACAUUUUACGGCGUUUAAAAGUUAUAGAGAAUUUGACCAUCGAUUAAGAUCUAAAAAUACAGUAGAUAAAGAACACAAGCGCAUAUUGAAUCCGGAAAUCGAGCAUUGGCUCACGCAAUCUCUGGCACUGCGCGGUGGCUCUAGUGAAAUGUACGCACGUAAUAACAGCAACUUUUUGAAGCUCAUUGAACUAUUUGCUAAAUUUGAUCUGAUAAUGGCAGAGCAUGUAUCACGUAUUAGAAACGAAGAGACGCGGUGUCAUUACUUGAACAACAGAAUUCAGAAUGAAAUUAUUUCGUUAAUGUCAAAAACAAUACGUGAUUCUUUAAUAGAUAUGAUAAAAAAGGCAAAGUGGUACUCCAUCAUAUUGGACUGCACGUCUGAUAAAAGUCGUAUUGAACAGAUGUCCAUCAUUAUCAGAUCUGUAGCAUAUAAUCAGAAUCCUAAGAAAUUCGAAGUGAGAGAACAUUUUCUCGGAUUUCUCCCUAUUACUGACACUACCGGCAAGGGACUAACAGAGGUUAUCCUUGAUGAGCUACAGAAGUUGGGCAUAGCUCUUUCUGAUAUGCGUGGCCAAGGCUAUGACAAUGGGGCAAACAUGAAGGGUAAACAUUCUGGGGUGCAAAAUAGAAUCUUACUAAUGAACCCUCGUGCUUUCUUCGUCCCUUGCUCAGCUCAUACUCUCAGUCUCGUAGUUUGUGAUUCUGCUUCUGUCACGGGUCAAACUACAGCUGUCAGUGAUACGCGUUGGGUAAGUAGGGUUGUUGCCAUGAAACCAGUGCGCUACCAGCUUGGAGAGAUCUAUGAUGCACUUAUGGAAAUUUCUCUCGAUGAUAAACGAGAUAAUCUAUCGAAACAUGAGGCUCAGUGCUUAGCCCAAUCCAUCGCGAAUUUUAAAUUCAUUCGCAGCGUAAUCAUUUGGUUCGAUAUUUUGAACCAAGUUAAUGUCGAAUCAAAAUUAUUACAAAGUCUUGCUUUGAAUAUAAUUGAAUGCUGUAACAUUCUAGACAGAACCACAGCUUUUCUAAAGCAGUAUAGAUCUGAAGAAAGUUUUUGUAGAAUACUGAAUGAAGCGAAAGACUUAGCAUCUGAGUUGAAGGUAGAGCCGACAUUUCACCCUAACAACACGGUCCGCGUUCGGCGUAAGAAACGUAAUUUCGAAUACGAAGCUCGAGAUGAACGUGUUACAGACCCGAAAGAACAAUUUAGAACAGAAUUAUUUUACCACGUUAUUGAUACAGCAGUAAUAUCAAUGGAAGAGAGAUUUCAACAACUACAGGAGCACAGCAAUGAUUUCAAAUUUCUGUAUGAUAUUCAUGCUCUCAAGUCUUCAACGAAAGAAAAGAUAAUGAAGAGUUGCAAAAAUUUGCAUGGAAGGUUAACGGAUGGGGAGAAAAUGGAUAUUGAUGGCAUUGAUCUGUGUGACGAAAUUAUGAAUUUAGCUGCAAUGUUGCCGGCUGAUCAAUCUCCGAUUGAAGUUUUGAAUUUCAUCGUAAAAAAUGAUAUUCUUUCGGUUGUACCUAACAUUGUCAUUGCCUUGCGGAUAUUGUUAAGUUUACCCGUUUCAGUAGCAUCAGGAGAGCGGAGUUUAUCCAAACUAAAAAUUAUCAAAAAUUAUCUGCGAUCAACAUUGAGCCAAGAAAGCUUAGUAGGAUUGGCCACCAUAUCUAUUGAAAGUGAAUUAUGUGAUCGCAUCGACUAUCAGGAACUUAUUGCAGACUUUGCAAAAGUAAAAGUACGAAAAAUAAGUUUUCAGUAA